AUGCCAUGUGUUGCGAGGCCAAUCGUUGUCACGAAUCUAUUGCUCAUAUCCGCUAUAGCUGGCCCCUCCACACAACAGAAGGAUGCCUCUCUUGGCAAGUCCACCGAUACCUCCGUCUCUGCCACAGCUCUAUUCGGGAGCCAAUGCGAAGGGGCCUACGUCUCGGCUCACUUUGUAGAGAAAGCCCUCGGAUCGCUGGUAUCUCGCGAGUGUUCUGGCUCUACCAUCGGCUCCACUGCACGAGUCACUUGGCACUUGGCUGUCCUCAGUCAAACCACUGAGACUAGUUACCUGCGAGUCGUGUACGAACUGGAGCAUGAUGUCGUCUUUGGGCGCGGGCCGGGGUGCAAUGUCUGGAAGAAUUCCCCAAUCAACCCGCAACCACUAUAUUGGAACUCGUCCAACUGUGGUGGCUUCCAGGAAGGAUCGCGCAGGAUGGAUUCUCUUGUCGAGUAUCUCGCCGAGCUGGAAGAUUCAGAGCUCGACGAGAAGUGCGCAAACGCUGCUUUCAUUAAAUCAUCUGCUUUAAGUAUCGGUAUCGGGCUCGAGGGCGAAUUGUCUAUCGAUGCCUUCGUUACCCUGCUCCGUCAGCGUGUUGAAAUCACCAGGCAUGGCCGUCAGCCAUCAGGUAGCAAUCCCCUCCUUCUCGCCAGGGCUACAACUUCAGAAACAACUUCACGCUCUGAUGAUGUGGAGAGCUUAGUUGGCUCAGGCUUCGACGAGGGCGAUCUGGUAUACGAGGGCUCUACAACGUCCAGCGGGAUGACUUGGGAAAAGGACUUUCGCCAGCCGCCAACUUUCUUACAUGGCAUCGACCGAGCCUGUACCGAAGGUACUUACAAUACACCAAUGCAAGCCGCUCAAGUUACACGAGGCUCUUCGCCAGGUGACACCCUUCACAGCUGGCAACUCGUCGAAAAUGCGUCUCAGCAAGGAUUGACAGAAGAGGAUGACCCUUCGCAGACCUACUGGGCAGAGACGGAACAACAGGAAGAGAUUCCAUCUGAUCAAGGCCAGAUGUCCGACUUUGAAAUGCAUCCCGGCCACAAGGUAUGGGAGUGGGACAAGGAUAGACAACAAUGGAAGCGACGGGGACGGAGCGGGCAGGAAGAAACGGACUGGUUCCCAGAGUCUUUUGCAUAA